AAACAACUAUUUAAAAAACGGAAAAACUGUUUCACCUCUGUUGAGUCAGAACUCAGAGCCAACCCGGCGAUUCGGCGAUCGACGCCACCGACCGGUUCAUCAGAAUGGUGGCCUCCGCCGCAGUCGCCGGCGUCUCUAUGACGGCGCAUCAGCGCAAUAUUCUAGCUGGUGUUAACGCCGGCGCUUCGAGCCUCUCGUUCGUUGGUUCAGGCUUCAUCGUUCUCUGCUAUCUCCUCUUCAAGGAGCUCCGCAAGUUCUCCUUCAAGCUCGUCUUCUACCUCGCCCUCUCCGAUAUGCUUUGCAGUUUCUUCAGCAUAGUAGGGGAUCCAUCAAAAGGUUUCUUUUGCUCUGCUCAGGGCUAUAGCACACAUUUCUUUUGUGUGGCAUCUUUCCUAUGGACCACAACAAUUGCUUUUACCCUGCAUCGAACUGUUGUUAAGCACAAAACAGAUGUUGAAGAGUUUGAGGCAAUGUUUCACUUGUAUGUCUGGGGUACUUCCCUGGCUAUGACAGUUAUACGUUCAUUUGGUAAUGAUCAUAGACAUCUUUCUGCAUGGUGUUGGACUCAAUCAGGACUUGCAGGGAAGGCAAUUCAUUUGUUAACAUUUUACAUGCCACUCUGGGGUGCUAUACUAUAUAAUGGGUUCACAUACUUCCAAGUUAUACGCAUGCUGAACAAUGCAACCCGUAUGGCAGUUGGUAUGUCAGGCCAACCUUAUGCAUCAGAUGCACGGGAUAACAUGAGGGUAUGUUUGUUAUUCCAACAUUGAAAACAAAUAUCCAUACUAAGAGAAUGGAACCCAAAAAAAAAAAAAAAAAAAAAA